AUGGAAAGUCCGCUCUUCUGUGCAGAUGUCCUGAUGUCCUCCCAGAGUCCAGGCCUCUGUCUGAACCAGGAAAUCCCAGAGACUCCAGCGAUUAAAGAAGAGCAGCUACAAGAGUGUUCCCCAGAGUUCAUAGCUUUGUGUGUGAAGAGAGAAGCCACCGAAAUGGAGACCAGGUUCAUCAGGCCACGGGACCUGGACAUCCACAUCAAAAUGCACAUGUGA